GAGCGAGUGACGAGUAGAGGAACGGCUCCCUCCGUCGGAAAAGCCGAAAAGGUCAGGAACUCGGGGGGAGCAGACGUUCACCCCUUUGCCUUCGCGAGCCAGCGCCCGAAUCACGAUUCGAGAAUGAGAUAGCCGGUGAGCGAUCGGAGCCCCCCAUGGCGCCAUCCGCAGCCCCCUCCUCCUUCUCCUCCACGCGCCUCCUCCUACUCGCCUCGCCCCACUCCCCGCCCACUCUCCUCUGCCUCCGCCGCGCGGGCGGCCGCUCCCUGGGGCUGUCGCGGCGCGGAGGGAGCGCGCGCCUUCGAGUCGUUCGACGAGCGGUGGAGGAGGACGAGAGCCGGGGUCAGGAGGUGGAGGAGGAGGCCCCGGAGGAGCCGGUGGCUGGUCGCGACCUCGUCACGCUCGCCGCCUGCCUCGUGGGCCUCCUCACCGGCGUCUCCGUCGUGCUCUUCAACCUCUCGGUUCAUGAAAUACGUGACGUAUUUUGGGACAGUAUUCCUUUGCGAGGCGCUUCAUGGCUGAGGGAGGAGCCGAUUGAUGAAGUCUGGCAGAGAGUGAUAUUUGUUCCGGUCAGUGGAGGUGUUAUAGUAGGUGGAUUGAACACACUAAGAAGUUCUAUCAAAACUGACUCAAAUGCCCCUGUGUCCAAGAUAAGGAGUGCAUUUAGACCAUUCUUGAAAGCUGUGGCAGCAUCUUUCACACUUGGAACUGGCAAUUCACUGGGUCCUGAGGGUCCCAGUGUGGAAAUUGGUUCUGCAAUAGCCAAAGGAUUUGGUAAUGUGUUUGAGUGGGACGGUGGGAAAAGGUUGUCUCUUGUGGCAGCUGGAUCAGCAGCUGGGAUCUCAUCUGGUUUUAAUGCUGCUGUUGCUGGGUGUUUUUUUGCUGUGGAAUCUGUUUUGUGGCCUUCUGCGGAUUCCUCAUCCCUUGCCAACUCGACACCUAUGGUGAUACUCAGUUCAGUUAUAGCAUCUGUUGUUUCAGAGAUUGGUCUAGGUUCUGAUCCCGCUUUCACUGUUCCGGAAUAUGAUUUUCGCUCCCCAACAGAACUUCCUCUGUACCUUUUGCUGGGUGUCUUCUGUGGGUUGGUAUCAAUUGCAUUAUCAAGAUGUACAUCACUUGCUAUGGAGGCAGUUGAAAGUUUACAAAGGGCAACAGGGUUACGGAAGGCUGCAUCUCCAGCUUUAGGUGGCCUCAUUGUUGGUCUCCUUGCACUUUUGUACCCUGAAGUAUUGUACUGGGGCUUUGAAAAUGUUGAUAUCUUGCUGGAAUCACGGCCAUUUACAAGCGGCCUCUCAACGACCAUAUUGGUUCAGCUUAUUGGAGUGAAAAUAUUAGCAACAUCUUUGUGCAGGGCUUUUGGAUUGGUUGGUGGUUACUAUGCACCAUCUCUUUUUAUUGGUGCAGCUACAGGGAUGGCAUAUGGAAAAUUCAUGAGGUUUACAUUUACUGGCCCUGUACCACUGCUGCAUGUCCCAUUCCUAGAUGUGGCAUCACCUCAAGCAUAUGGCCUGGUAGGUAUGGCAGCUACCCUCGCUGGUGUAUGCAAGGUGCCUCUGACAUCUGUCCUACUACUUUUUGAGCUUACACAAGACUAUCGUAUAGUUCUACCUUUGCUUGGGGCUGUUGGGUUAUCAUCCUGGAUUGCUUCACCUCAAAGGUUCUCUAAAAGAAUUAGGAUUAAGCUGGAUUCCUGGGAGGAUAAAUCAAGUAUUCCUCAACAAGCAAACAACAUGCUCACUCAAAACAAACAGGCCACUUCUAUGGAUGCAGCUGAUUCAUCACCAGAAUUAUGUAAAAUUGAAAGCUCCCUUUGUGUCUAUGAUGCUAACGAAGACAAUAUCUUCAAAAAUCUUACUGUUGCAGAUGCCAUGAAAACUAAAUACUUCUCUGUCUCAAUGACAACUCCAUUAAUUGAGGCACUUGAUCUUAUGCUUGCCGAGAGGCAGCCCUUUGUUAUGAUAACUGCGAAUAACACAUCUGUAAGAGGCUUGCUGGCACUAGAGAAUAUCCAAGAUUUUUGCAGAGCUGCAAAAACUAACCGAGCACAAGAUGAGGUAAAGGAACUCUUGAUAUCUCAUGUUUGCCAAGCAGGCAAGUGUAAAUCGUGGUCUGUGACGCCUCAGAUGCCACUUACUACUGCAGAGAAGAUUAUGGACUCUCAUGGUGUGGAUUACCUUCCUGUAGUUUCUGAGGAUGCUAAUCCUCAGGACAGAGGACCUUUGAUAGGUUUUGUAGACAGAGAAUGCAUUGCCAUCGCUCGAAGGGCCACCGCAACAAAAGAAUUUUUCAGUUCUAUGUAUGAGAUAAAAAAGGAAGAGAGGUAGCACGAAAGGAAGAAAUGAGACGGCACAGAAGCACUCUCUACUUAGCAAGUCUGGCAUCUUUUCCUGGUCAAGGCUUUGACCUCUCCAGGUUAUUUAGUUGCUAACUAAAAACGUGCUCCAGGGAUGUGAUUAAGGUGUGCCGCCAUUUUCUCGAAUUAUCUUCUUUUUUUGUUGUUGAAGAAUUCAUUUUCUCGAAUUAUCUCGCUUACCAGUUACCACCAUUACUGUCUGCAAUGGUGAGGUUUUGUUGCACUUGUGUGCUACAAGUUCUCAAUCGUUGUAACUGAUAAACUGAAUAGCUAGUGGGCUGCUUAUCAAAAUGUAUAGCUGCUGAGAACUGGGAAGAUAAGCAACAAGAUCAGGCUUUGUAACAUUUCUAUUAUUCU